GUUGCAGCCUGAAGGACUAUUAAGGACUGUUGUUAAGCUAACAGAAGAAUGGAUCUAGACUGUGCAGCGCAGCAGCGGCGUAACGUCACCUGGGAGGCCGGAGAGAGAGGCAACCAGAGAAACAACCAGGAGACUACAAAUGGACGUUAUGGAUACUCCAUCUCCAUGAAAGAAAGAAGACGUCAGAUAACACUCCAGACACAGAGGAUGAUGAUGGCUUCCUUCACGUGCAAGAUACUGACUCUAUUCUUCAUCAUCUGCGUGACUCUGCAAGAAGGUUGUGGACUCCCCUUAUCAGACCAGACAGAGCUGCCAGCUUCACAUCCACACCACGUCAGGACCAAACGCUGCUCCUGUAACAGCUGGGAUGAUAAAGAAUGCAUCUACUUCUGCCACCUGGAUAUUAUCUGGGUUAACACGCCAAGUAAACUCCUUCCUUACGGUCUGGGAAGUCCCUUGUCUCGUCGUCGCCGUUCAACCAGCCGUUGCGAAUGUGCCAACCCAGCCGACAAAACCUGCUCCAGCUUCUGCCAUAAAAGCUCAGAGGAUCCCAGGACUGAUGUCGUGAGCCCAUUGAUAGAAUCUACAAAGACACGUAGCAACAAAUUGCUGGCAUCUCUCAGAUCUGUGGUCAACUCCAACAUGGCAAUCGCAAACAAGAUUCCCUCAUCCAAUGAGAACCCAGCUGGAGUCAACAGACUAAAGAGUCGAACAAGGAGGUAGAGGACUGAGUGACAAUGAGAAGCAGUUCAACCUCUAUGGAUUCAUCCUCCAUAGUCUGGAGACUCCUCCAGCUGCCUUCAAUGCCAGCACCUUGGUUCUGAAAAAAUUCAAGACCCUUACCAACUCAGGGGAUGCAGAGGUGGAAAGAUGGAAGGCGAAAGAAUCAGUGGAUCAAGCAUUUGAUCGACAUAAUGGCUUCGGAGACCGACAACUCCACAAAACAGAAGCCCUACGGCAGGAGCAAUGAUAGGAUGAGUAAUUUCUUGAACUCUCCUUGAACUUUUCUGAACUUAUAAACGGUGUCUGCACAUGCCAAGGAAGGAUCCCUCAAAGCCAAACACAUGGAAACUGACUUUGGAACUAGUUGGUGACUAAUCUGAUUUGGCUGUAUAUGGACAGUUUCAAUUCCACAACUCACCAUCAUUGAGGAUUACAUACUCAAGAGUCCUAUCAACUCUGGUAUUCAAUUGGGAAACAUUUGUCAAUGUUUACUUAAUGUCCAUGGGACUUUUCUGUCAUUGUUGACCUUUGGUUUGUUUGAAUAUUCCUCUGUAUCAGAGCUGUCCUACCUAAUGUUUAGGGCAAACUAGCAAAUAGCUUUUUAAUUAUCAGGCAGUACUUGCAAACGGCAGCUAGUUCACUCCUGACACACAUUGCCUCAGUGAAAUGAAGGUCAUUUCUUUGGGAUUUAUUUCACAAACAAUUAGCUGGAGUCCAUUUAUACAAGGGCCACUGUUAGUUCUUCACGCAAACAUACACACACACACACACACACGCACACACAUACACAGAGUAUACAGUACGUUCCUCCAGCAUAACAGCUACAGUAGGUCUAUUGUGCUGGCUCAAGUGUUUAUUGCAUAGCCCCUGUUUAAUGUUUUCAUUGAACAUUGGCCAGAAGGUUCCAAUGACGCGGAGCUUGCCAAAAAAAUGCAACAAUUGUUUUCUUCCCCUAACAAAUGUUCCUUAAUUCCUCUGUAAUUUGCCGCUGGGAAAUUAUGACUCUCUACUUGUGUUAUGCACUUCAAAAGCUAUUUAUCUGUGGCCUGCUUUUUCAACGUGCAUUAAAUUCAUUCACUCCAUCUGCCCUGUUUGACUGCAGUCGACAGGAACUGAUGGACACAUGGAAAUAUAAGCCUUUAUUGUAGCUCAGAAAAUACUCACCUUCAAUUAUCUCAAUGCUGUAUAUGACGGAUGGUUUACCAGCUUAGAUGUUUACUGCUGGAUGCUGAAUGAGAGCAAUUGUUGUAAAUAGAAUAAUUUAUUUAUUCUCUAACUUAUUCAGGGAUGUAUUUAUAUUUGUAUGAAUGAUGCACUGAGUAAUGUAUAA